UAAUUGAAUGACGUGGCGACAUAAUGUAUUGCCACGUACAUAUUGAAAGGACACGUGGGAAAAGCUUAGCUGGGAUUGUAUGAAUCAAUGAAGCUCCUUGAUCCUUGCAAACAUCAGGCUUAGACUUACAGCUUCCGUUUCAGGCUUCGGCGUUAGCCAUGGCGGCCCGCAUAACCAGAACAACAACAACCAUACUAUCACCCUAUCUUCUUCUCAGAGCAACGGCCGAGGAUUCCUCUUUUUCGAUUUUUGCGGUUGGCCACGCCGGCGGUUCUACACUCAGCCGAGCUUCAUCUUCAUCUUCAUCGGCCUCGUCGUCGUCAUCACCCCCGUCAAAUAAUUCGUCUAAGCCGGAGAAGAAAUUGGUCGACCGAUUAUCCGGGGUGAUUGACGCCGUCAACGAUCGGAAACUCCCACCGGAGCUACGUGGACAACGAAACGCCGUCAGGUCAGAAACUGAUAUAAUAAAUGUCGUGGAGCAAAGAAUAUGGCAUUCCAUGGAAGAAGGUGAGUUUGAGAAUUUAGCAGGGAAAGGGAAGCCUCUUAAGCUUGAUAGUAGUAAUCCUCAUGCAGACCCAGCUGAGGAUACCUUGUAUAGAAUCCUGUCCAAGAAUAACUGUGCUCCUGAGUGGGUUGAACUCAACAAAGAGAUCAGGAAUCAGAUUUGUGAGUGGAGAUCAUCUUUGAAGAAAGCUUGCUCUAAAAAAUGCAACAAUGGUGGUGGAGAAUCAGACAACUCUGAUUGGCUUCAAUCUUCUGAGGCUUUAAAGAUGCAACUGAAAGACAUCAAUAACAAGGUUUUCCGGUAUAACUUAAUUGUUCCUUUUGGUCGGCAAAUGUUUGGGCUCAAGUGGGAGAAGGAGUUGGAUCGCUUGGAUGUGGAAGAAUAAUCUUUUUCACUAUAUUAUUUUGCGUAUUAUAGUUUAUGAGAUAAAUAGAAGAAAGUAAGUUUAUAAUCUUUUAAAUAAACACUUUACAACCUUUAUGUAUCUUUUAAAUAUCAACUUUGUCAGAAUUUAAUGACACAUGCUCCUUUUUUAAUAUUA